CAGUCGAAAAUAUUAAACCAAAAGGUAAAAAAUAAAUUGAAAAUUUUCAAAUAGAGUAGCAAUCUCUCUCUUUACAGACAUUAAGUGAGGAUCGAAGGAUGGUUAUUUCUCAGGCGACUUGCUGUGGCUUCGGCGGUGCAAUCGCUUCGGCAGGAUUCGUUUGUACUUCCAGAACUUCCCUUCACCGCCUCGUUGUUCGUGCCCAAGUGGAACCGUCGGAGAAAUCGGUUGAAAUUAUGAGGAAGUUCUCGGAGCAAUAUGCACGCAAGUCCGGGACCUACUUCUGUGUGGACAAGGGAGUCACUUCUGUUGUUAUCAAGGGCUUGGCUGAUCAUAAAGAUGCUUUAGGUGCACCACUUUGCCCUUGUCGGCAUUAUGAUGACAAACCUGCCGAGGCAGGACAGGGCUUUUGGAACUGUCCCUGCGUCCCAAUGCGAGAGAGGAAGGAGUGCCACUGCAUGCUCUUUCUUACUCCAGAAAAUGAUUUUGCUGGAAAAGAUCAGACCAUCUCAUUGGAAGAAAUCAAGGAGACAACAGCAAAUAUGUAACUUUAGCAUGUCUUGAGACUACUUGUAGAAACAGCUUCUCCUGUUAUAUUUUUGCUAUGUAUGCAUUAUUUUUGUAUUGCUGCUUUCAGUUUAUUCAUCUGAGCCUUUCUUUUGUAGAUAACUCUCUCCACUGCACUCUGUGUGGCUCGGAGAAACCAUCCUUUGCUCAAUCAAAUCAAUACCAUUUGAACUGU